ACCUCCAUUUGCAGAACACUGCUGAGACUUCCCAUACUCAGAAGAGCCAGAUCUGAUUUGCUGGUUUCGAAGUUCUGCACAACUAUUGUUACAAUAAGUUUGUAAACAGCGGACAAUUACCAGCUGGUUGGAGAAUAAAGGACCCAAGACAACGGAGUCCAGAAGCUUACACAGCAAAAUUAAUAACAAUACUGAAGCAAAUCCUAAGAUGACUUCCAUUAAAAAAGAGAACUUUUGUGAGCAUGAUGUGAAAAAGCUAGAGAAUACUUGUCAGCAAAAUUAUGCAAAAAUAUCUGUGGAAGUUGGUGCAAAGCAAGUAAAUUUGCCGCAGACAGGCAGCAUGUGUAACUGGGAGGCUGAGGAAAAAGAUACAGUCUUAGAUACAGAUCCCAUGAAGGGGCCACAGUCUGCAGACCUCAUUAAAAAUGCCAACAUUGAUCAGAUGCACAAAACUGGCAAGCAGAAAGCCUGUGAAGAAAGCAAUGCCACUUGGACUCAGAGGAAACUAUCAGCAGGCCGGGCUUCAAAAACGGGAAAUUCAAAAACUUCUUCAAAAGAUGUCGAGACAGAUGGACAAGUGGCUUCAUGCAAUUCACAGAAGCUGAAGAGUUGCAAUUCUGUCUGUUUAAUGGGUGAACAAGAGGAAGGGGAUGUAGUUCCAGAAAGUCCACUUUCAGAUGCUGGUUGUGAUGCCUGUACAUCUGAUCUCGGAGAUCCUGGGAAACUGAGCAAAUGUCAGAGCAAUUCAGGGGACUCGCCUGCUUUUGAGAAAGAAAGUGAACCAGAGUCACCGAUGGAUGUGGAUAAUUCUAAAAAUAGCUGCCAUGGGUCAGAGGCUGAUGAAGAAACAAGCCCAUUUCUGGAUGAACGAGAGGAGAUUAAUAUGUCAAAACCCAUAAACAAAUCUUUUAAAAUUCAAUAUGGGGAUGCUGAAUUGGAGUCAAGGAAAUCACGUUUUUCUGCCAAGGGCUGUGAAAGCUUUGAGGAAGUAGAUAAUUCUGUUAAAGAGGACAGUCUGCAUACGAAGGCACCUGGGAUCUCUCCUGCUCCAUCAUCAGAGUGCAAAGGUGCAAAACCGGGUGUGAAGAGGGACUCCAAAAUCACUUCUCACUUCAUGAGGAUACCUAAAGUUGAGGAGAAAAGGAAAGAAAAGUGUGAAUUCAAACCCCAGAGGCCUGGAAGGAAGAUUGCUAAAUAUACACCACCUCCUCUGCCAACCAACAAGAAAUGGUUUGGGACCCCGAUUGAAGAGAUGAGAAGGAUGCCGGCGUGUGGGGCCCGUCUGCCUCACCUGCGACCCUCAGGCAACCACACCGUGACUGUCAGGGUAGAUCUUCUGAGGGAAGGAGAGGUACCUAAACCUUUUCCAACUCACUACAAAGAUUUGUGGGAUAACAAGCAUGUUAAAAUGCCCUGCUCAGAACAAAAUUUAUACCCUGUAGAGGAUGAGAAUGGAGAUAGAACUGCUGGAAGUCGAUGGGAACUAAUCCAAACUGCCUUACUUAACAAAUUUACCUGCUCACAUGAUUUGAAGGAGGCCAUAUUGAGGUACAACGUUGCUUAUUCCAAGAAAUGGGACUUCACAGCUCUUACUGACUUCUGUGAGAAGGUUCUUGAAGAUGCAGAGGCUCAACAUCUGUUCCAGUCCAUUCUUCCUGAUAUGGUCAAGCUGGCACUCUGUCUCCCUAGUAUCUGCACCCAGCCAAUACCUCUGCUGAAACAAAAGAUGAAUCACUCCAUCACAAUGUCACAGGAACAGAUCGCCAGUUUUCUGGCCAAUGCUUUCUUCUGUACUUUUCCACGUCGCAAUGCGAAGAUGAAGUCUGAGUAUUCCAGUUAUCCAGACAUUAACUUCAACAGGUUGUUUGAAGGGAGGUCACCAAGAAAGCCUGAGAAACUUAAGACCCUUUUCUGCUAUUUUAGAAGAGUCACAGAAAAAAAACCUACAGGAUUGGUGACGUUUACAAGGCAGUGUCUGCAGGAGUUUCCAGACUGGGAGAGAUCUCAGAAAAAACUAUCUAGAUUGCAUGUCACCUAUGAAGGCACCAUUGAAAGCAAUGGACAAGGUAUGCUACAGGUUGAUUUUGCAAACCGUUUUGUUGGAGGUGGUGUGACUGGGGCAGGACUAGUACAAGAAGAAAUUCGGUUUUUAAUCAAUCCAGAACUGAUUGUAUCAAGGCUCAUCACUGAAGUCUUGGAUCACAAUGAAUGUCUUAUCAUCACAGGUACUGAGCAGUACAGUGAGUACACAGGCUAUGCAGAGACUUACCGCUGGGCAAGGAGCCAUGAAGAUAAGACCCCUAGGGAUGAAUGGCAACGACGCUACACUGAAAUUGUUGCUAUAGAUGCAUUUCACUUCAGACGUUUCCUUGAUCAGUUUGGUCCAGAGAAAAUUAGAAGAGAGCUCAACAAGGCCUACUGUGGCUUCUCUCGUCCCAGCGUUCCACCUCAACAUCUCUCUGCAAUAGCCACAGGAAACUGGGGAUGUGGUGCCUUUGGAGGGGACUCCCGAUUAAAAGCCUUAAUUCAGAUAUUGGCAGCUGCUGAGGCUGGACGUGAUAUUGUUUAUUUUACCUUUGGAGAUGUGGAGCUGAUGCGGGACAUUUACAGCAUGCAUACUUUUCUCUGUGAGAAGGGCCAAACUAUUGGGGACAUUUAUAGGCUGUUGCUGAGAUACUACAAUGAACAAUGCAGAAACUGUUCUACUUCAGGACCAGAUAUCAAGCUGUACUCUUUCAUAUACAACACCAUUGAGUCCUAUGCAGAUUCUACUGAUGAUGAUGACGAGGAUGAAGAAAAAGGGUUGUGCCCACAAACAGCUUUGAGAGUCAAGAUUUAUUUGUUUGAUGGUUUCAUACAUGAAAACCUUGUUCAUGUGUGUACAGAAAAAAUUCUUUGCUGUGCUUAUGAUGUUUGCAUUGUUGAUACUAAGGGAUUUCAUCCAUCAAACAGCAGCAAUGGAAACAAGGAUGGUGACCAACAGACACGUCUGGGGGAGCAGGAAUGA